UAUAUUUGUUUGAUCCAGUGUCAUGGCUCCCUGAGUCUGCUUGUGGCCCUGUUACGGUAUCAGUGUUUUUGGAGAAAUAUAACAUUUCCCCUCCUAUUUGAUCAGAAACAAGGCUUUUUUUUAACCACUCGUGUUUUUUGUGAAGAUUAUUCAUCAUGGCUGGAAGCAGCACGGCGCAGAAAACAUGGGAACUAUCGAAUAGCAUGCAGGAAGUACAGAGCAUAGAUGAAAUAUACAAAUAUGACAAAAAGCAACAACAAGAAAUCCUCGCUGCAAAGCCUUGGACAAAGGAUCAUCACUAUUUCAAGUACUGCAAGAUCUCCGCCUUGGCCCUGCUGAAGAUGGUGAUGCACGCCAGGUCUGGGGGGAACCUGGAGGUGAUGGGCCUCAUGCUGGGGAAGGUGGACGGUGAAACCAUGAUCAUCAUGGACAGCUUUGCCCUGCCUGUGGAGGGCACCGAGACCAGGGUCAACGCCCAGGCUGCAGCAUAUGAAUACAUGGCUGCCUACAUUGAAAAUGCCAAACAGGUCGGCCGGCUGGAGAACGCGAUUGGCUGGUAUCACAGUCACCCGGGUUACGGAUGCUGGCUCUCGGGCAUAGAUGUCAGCACUCAAAUGCUCAACCAGCAGUUCCAGGAGCCUUUUGUUGCUGUAGUCAUCGACCCCACUCGGACUAUAUCUGCAGGGAAAGUCAACCUCGGCGCCUUCAGGACCUAUCCAAAGGGUUAUAAACCUCCUGAUGAGGGACCCUCAGAGUAUCAGACCAUCCCCUUGAACAAGAUUGAAGACUUUGGUGUUCACUGUAAACAGUAUUAUGCCUUGGAGGUCACUUACUUCAAGUCCUCCCUUGAUAGGAAGCUUCUGGAGCUCCUUUGGAAUAAAUAUUGGGUCAAUACUUUAAGUUCCUCAAGUCUCCUCACGAACUCAGACUACACUACAGGCCAGGUAUUUGACCUGUCUGAGAAGCUGGAGCAGUCGGAGGCUCAGCUGGGCAGAGGAAGCUUCAUGCUCGGGUUGGACACACAUGACAGGAAGUCUGAGGACAAACUGGCCAAAGCAACAAGAGACAGCUGCAAGACGACCAUUGAAGCUAUCCACGGUCUGAUGUCUCAAGUCAUCAAGGACAAACUCUUCAAUCAGAUCAACACGUCUUCAAAUUAAAGCUGAACUGCAGACCAGCUCUCCUGGAUUUCUUGUGCAUGUCUGGCACUUACUGGUUUGUGUUUAACUGCUAAGGGGUUGUAUUCUGUGAAGGGAGUUCUUUUUUUUAUUCAGUUUCUUCUUAUGUUAGAAUUACAGAUUAUUGAGUCAUGCAAAAAAUAAAGCAUACGUUGAAGCUGUG